GCAGUAUUUCCUUCCUCAAGCACCAAAGUGGGGUUUCCGACACCGGUGAAUAUGCCGGAUGCCUCGGGGAGGAGCCCGACCUGGGGCCGGGGGGCGGGCCGUGCGAGCGGCGCGCGUAAUAAAGCGGAAGGUGCAGCAACCCGCACACGCGGUGAAGAAAGUGAGGGUUGGGUUUGUCUUCAAGCUGAGGGCCCACCCACCUUGGUGGUUCCCCCAGGAGUUCAGCAGCCCUCGGCAGUUCCUCCAGGAGGCCAGCAGCUCCACCAGGCCUCUUGCUCCCGGGGCCGCGCCCCUCCAGCCUUCCGGCUCUUCUCGGCCCGUGGCCAUGGCGGGGCAGGGCGACCGCUACUACACGUACACCGAGCUCCUGGCCAUCGCCCGGCGCUUCCGGCAGAACCCCAACGAGCUCAUGAUCACCUGGAUCCUGCGGGUGUAUGACCAGGGGGGCCUGGCCCUGGCCCUGAACUCCAGGGAGUUGGUGAUGCUGGGCGACCUGACCGGCGAUGCCGUCUUCAACUACCGCUGCAAGGCCCUGCGGGGCGACGGCAAGACGCUGCUGGCCUGGCUGCUGCUGGCCUGGCGCCAGCGCUGGGAGUCCUUCCUGCACUUCGAGGGCACCGAGCUGCCUUUCCGACCCUGGACCACCAUGGAGGAGGGCAUCCAGCUGGUGCGGGAGCUGGGCAUGCUCGACUGGAUCUACCGCGAGCCACCGCCGCUCCCCGAGCCCGAGUGGCUGGUGCCCGAGGACGUGCCCUUCACGCAGGGCCUGCAGCGGCGCCUGUUGACGGCCGCGCCCUCCGAGCUGCGGCUCUCGCUGGUCGGCCUGCUGGUCAAGGGCGUGACGGUGCUGGAGGCGGUGAUGGUGAUCCAGACCGUCGCCGACGUGGGCCUGCUCUGGCGCCAGAACCAGCCGGGCCACGCCAGGCUCAUGCUCGGGCCCAACCCGACACGCAAGGACCUCAUGGGCUGGCUGCUGAGCCACGGCAUGCCCAAGGAGCGGGUGGACAAGCAGCCCACCAAGGUCCUCCUGGAGCUGUAUAUCCAAGAGGCCAGGCGCAGCCACACCCGCGACGCGUACGGGCCGGGAGAGGAGCAGCCCCCGUGUCCACCGUACUCUGACCAAGCCUGCGGGGCGGAGCCACCCGUGCGCCAUGACUAGGCCUCCCGGGCCUUCUGGGCGAGGAGCAGGACCUUGUAGGGGAGACGCAAAGCCUUGGUCGGCUCCAGCCGGUGUUCAAGGAGCCCAAGAGAGGGGUGUCCUUGCCCCCAGCCCACCCCGUGGGCGUCACCAGCCAGAGCUGGCAGAGAACAGGCAGCUGGCUGAUAGCUGCUGUUGCUGGAUGCCAGACAGAGUGUGUUACGUUCCAGUCUGUUACACUUUGGCCCGAUGGGCAUGGUGGGUGGGCCCCUGCUGCUGUGUCACGGGCCUCUGAAGCACUACAGGCCAAGCGGGAGACCCUGCAGCCCACGCCAUGAAAGCACCUUGAAGCUUGUACCCUUUCUCUUAAGGCUUUUUUUAAUGCAAUAUUUUUACCUGUUAACUUCAUACAGCCCUUGGGUUUUAUGGGUGCCCAUUUCCCCUUUUGCAAAAGUUUUUCUAUUAAGUUUUUUUUGCAAUGCC